AUGCGCGCCGACGGCAGCGCGCCGCCAAGAGCGCGCCCCGACCAUGGUCACUAGUGUCACAAGUGCAGUGGGCCGGCCAGCAUGAGGGCGUGGCUGGCCUUCGCGGCCGUGCUGCUGGCCUGCCGCCUCUCGGCCGCCUACUUGCUGAUCGCCACCGAGGACGACCCGCCCGGCCAUGUGCUGUUCAACGCGUCGCUGGGCGGCCGCGGCCAGCGCACCUACACCAUCAACAACCACCGCAGCGCGUCCUUCGUGCACCGCCUGCUGCGCGUGGACGCGGCCUCGGGCAGCAUCAGCCUGCGCAACUUCCUGGACUGCACGGCCGUGUACUACCCGAACCUCUUCACGCUGCACGUGGACUCGGUGGCCGUCGCCGACCCCGUGGACUACUACUCGCUGCCGCUGCGCGUCUUCGUGUCGGGCCGGCGCUGCGAGCGCGACCCGCUCGUCAGCAUCGACCUCGCCGACGAGGCCGAGGAGGCCGACGUGGCGCUCAACCGGGUGCACGUCAAGGUGUCCGAGGCCAAGCGCUGGGUGAGCGAGACACUGGCGUCCUACGCCAUCCCCAGCGCCGAGGCCGCCGACUGGACUCGCAUCUGCCUGCGCCAGAGCCAGCUCGUGUGUCGCAUCCGCAACCUGCUGCCCAGCACCGUGGUGCAAAAUUGCGACGUCCGCUACGUGGACGUCUCCGACCCGCGCUUCAAGAUGGAGUUCGAGGCGGGGGACCUGGUGGCGGCGGAGAGCGUCUGCCUGACGGAGCCGCUGUGGAAGGUGACGGUGCACUUGGAGCUCAUCUGCAACACCAGCCUGGGCGAGCACAGCUGGCCGCGGCCCCAGCUUGGCGGCAGCGGCCUCAUCUCGGCCACGGAGCACCGCCUCAAGAUCGUGUUCCACCACCAGAAGUUCAACGACUCGGACAUCGCGCACCGCGUGCGGCGCGAGCUGCGCAACAUGUCGCCGUACUUCGAGCAGGCGCUGUACCUGGCGUCCGUGAUGGAGGAGCGGCCCGAGGGCGCCAUCGUGGCGGCCGUCAAGGCGCGCGACCCGGAGAACUCGCCCAUCCAGUACUCCAUGACGUCGCUGCUGGACGCGCGCUCGCAGGGCAUGUUCGGCAUCGACGCCAAGACGGGCGUGGUGACGACGGCCACGCGCCUGGACCGCGAGCUGGUGGACGUGCACUACUUCCGCGUCACCGCCGUGGACGACUCGUUCCCGCCGCGCUCCGGCACCACCACGCUGCAGAUCAACGUCCUGGACGCCAACGACCACUCGCCCGUGUUCGAGAUGCCCGAGUACGAGGCGUCGAUCCGCGAGUCCGUGCCGGUGGGCUCCACCGUGGUGACGCUCAAGGCCGCCGACCAGGACAUCGACCGCAACGCCGAGGUGGAGUACUCCAUCCAGAGCGAGCAGCCCAGUGAGGCCGGCGCGCCCGAGACCUUCCGCAUCGAGCCCAAGUCCGGCACGGUGUCGACGCGCGCGCCGCUGGACCGCGAGAAGACGCAGCGCUACUCGCUCGUCGUGGUGGCCACCGACAUGGCCGUGCCCCUGGCCGACCGCCGCUCCAGCUCCGCCACCGUGCUCGUCACCGUGCUCGACGACAACGACAACUACCCCCAGUUCACGGAGCGCUCCUACUCCGUGACCGUGCCCGAGGACGUCGCCUGGAGCAGCAACCCCGUCAUCGCCCACGUCAAGGCCACCGACGCCGACGAGGGCCCGAACGCGGCCAUCCGCUACGCCAUCAUCGGCGGCAACACGCAGAGCCAGUUCGCCAUCGACACCAUGUCGGGGGAGGUGACGCUGGUCAAGCCGCUGGACUACGAGGUCAUCAAGAACUACCGCCUGGUGAUCCGCGCGCAGGACGGCGGCAGCCCCAGCCGCUCCAACACGACGCAGCUCCUGGUGAACGUCAAGGACGUCAACGACAACGUGCCGAGGUUCUACACCUCGCUGUUCCAAGAGUCGGUGCUGGAGAGCGUGCCCACCGGGUACAGCAUCGUGCGCGUGCAGGCGUACGACGCGGACGAGGGCGACAACGCCGCCAUCCACUACAGCAUCGGCCCCAGGGACUCGGGCGGCGGCUCCACGGAGGAGCUGCCCGUCGCCGUGGACGAGAACAGUGGCUGGAUCUACACGACGCGCGAGCUGGACCGCGAGGAGCAGAGCAAGUACCAGUUCGUGGUGCUGGCCGCUGACGGGGGCUCCCCUCCGCGCAGCGCCACGGCCAGCGUGGUGGUGACGGUCCAGGACGUCAACGACAACGACCCCGUGUUCAACCCGCGCGAGUACAACGCCGUGGUGGCGGAGGACGACCAGCCCGGCACGCCGGUGGCCAGUGUGACCGCUACGGACCGCGACGAGAACCCCCGGCUGCACUACGAGCUGACGGCGGGCAACCUGCGCGGCCGCUUCGCCAUCACGACGCAGAACGGGCGCGGCCUCAUCACCGUGGCGCAGCCCCUGGACUACAAGCAGGAGAAGCGCUUCGUGCUCGAGGUGACAGCCUCCGACUCGGGCGGCCGCCACGACACCGCCACCGUCUACGUCAACAUCUCGGACGCCAACAACUACGCCCCCAUCUUCGAGAACGCGCCCUACUCGGCGUCCGUGUUCGAGGACGCGCCCGUCGGCACCACGGUGCUCGUGGUGGGCGCCACGGACGGCGACGUCGGCCAGAACGCGCAGAUCACGUACUCGCUGGGCGGCGACAAGGAGAGCCCCGAGUUCACCAUCAACCCGCAGACCGGCGCCGUCAUCACCGCCAAGCCCCUGGACAGGGAGACCGUCUCCGGCUACCUGCUCACCGUCACGGCGCGCGACGGCGGCGCGCCCCCGCUGUCAGACACCACCGACGUGGAGAUCAUGGUGGCCGACGUGAACGACAACGCGCCGGCCUUCAAGCAGCCGGCGUACGCGGGCAGCGUGGCGGAGGACGCCCUGAUCGGCACCAGCGUGGCGCAGGUGACCGCCACGGACGACGACACCGGGCUCAACGGCAGGAUCCGGUACGCGCUCAACCCGAGCGGCGCGGGCACGGACGAGCCCUUCGUCAUGGACCCCACCUCGGGCGUGAUCCGCACCAACCGCAUGCUGGACCGCGAGAGCGUGGCAGUGUACCAGCUCGAGGCGCUGGCCAUCGACAGGGGCUCGCCCGCGCUCUCCAGCUCCGUCAUCGUCACCAUCAAGGUGGAGGACAUCAACGACAACCCGCCCGCCUUCGAGUCGGACAAGCUCAUCAUGUACGUGGCGGAGAACUCGCCCGUGGGCUCCACGGUGGGCGAGAUCUACGCCAAGGACCCGGACGAGGGCGUCAACGCGCAGGUGCAGUACUCCAUCAUCGGCGGCGACGACUCGGCCAGCUUCUCCCUCGUCACCAAGCCGGGCUCGGCCAAGGCGGCGCUCAUCACCAUGGUGGAGCUGGACUACGAGUCGCCCAGGAAGAAGUUCGAGCUGGUGGUGCGCGCCGCGUCGCCGCCCCUGCGCACGGACGUGCACGUCGACGUGAUGGUGACCGACGUCAACGACAACGCGCCGCGGCUCAAGGACUUCCAGGUCGUCUUCAACAACUUCAGGGACUGCUUCCCGUCGGGCGCCGUGGGCCGCAUCCCGGCCGUCGACGCCGACGUGUCGGACCAGCUGCGCUUCCGCAUCCUGAGCGGCAACAACGCCAACCUGGUGCACUUGAACGAGAGCACCGGCCACCUGACGCUGUCGCCGCUGCUCAACACCAACGUGCCCAAGCUGGCCUCCAUGGAGGUGUCCGUCUCGGACGGCGUCAACGAGGUCAAGGCCGUGAUGCAGCUGCAGGUGCGGCUCAUCACGGAGGAGAUGCUCUUCAACUCCAUCACGGUGCGGCUCGAGGACAUGACCGAGGAGGCCUUCCUGUCGCCGCUGCUGUCCUUCUUCGUGGAGGGCCUGGCCGCCAUCAUCCCCUGCCCCAAGGAGAACGUGUUCCUCUUCAGCGUGCAGGACGACACGGACGUCAACGCCAAGAUCCUCAACGUGAGCUUCAGCGCGCGUCGCCCCGACGUGGGCGGCGAGGAGUACUACACCCCACAGUUCCUGCAGGAGCGCGUCUACCUGAACCGCGCCAUCCUCGCGCGCCUCGCCACGGUCAAGGUGCUCCCCUUCGACGACAACCUGUGCGUGCGCGAGCCGUGCCUCAACUACGAGGAGUGCCUGACGGUGCUCAAGUUCGGCAACGCGUCCGGCUUCAUCGCCAGCGACACGGUGCUGUUCCGGCCCAUCUACCCCGUGACGACGUUCGCGUGCCGCUGCCCGACGGGCUUCACCGGCAGCCGCGAGCACUACCUGUGCGACCGCGAGGUCAACCUGUGCUACUCCAACCCGUGCCAGAACGAGGGCGCGUGCGUGCGCCGCGAGGGCGGCUACACGUGCGUGUGCCCGGCCGGCUUCACGGGCGUGCACUGCGAGACGGCGCUGGCGAGCGGCGGCGGCGGCGGCUGCUCCCCGGGGCUGUGCCGGCCGCCGUCAGUGUGCGCGCCCCUCAUCCGCGGCGGCUUCGUCUGCGAGAAGUGCACCCUGCCGACGGACUGGCGGACGGAGCAGUGCGAGCUGACGGCGCGCUCCUUCACGCGCUCGGCCUUCCUCACGUUCCCCGCGCUGCGGCAGCGCCACCGCCUGCACGUCAGGCUGCGCUUCGCCACGCUGCAGCCCGACGGCCUGCUGCUCUACAACGGACGGUACAACGAGCGCCACGACUUCAUCGCCCUGGAGGUGGUGGCCGGCGAGCUGCACUUCUCCUUCUCGCUGGGCGACGGCGUGACGCGCACCUCGGUGGCGGUGCCGGGGCCGGGCGGCGUGAGCGACGGCCGCUGGCACUCGGUCACCAUCACGUACCACAACAAGACGGCCACGCUCUCGGUGGACGACUGCGACACCAUGCUGGCCAUCAAGCACGGCAGGGACCUGGGCGGCGCGUGGGCGUGCGCCAACCGCACCGAGCAGGUCCUGGAGCCGCGCUGCGACCAGCCCACCGAGACGUGCCACCGCUUCCUGGACCUGACGGGCCCGCUGCAGGUCGGCGGGCUGCCCGCGCUGCCCACCACCGACUUCCAGGUGCGCUCCAAGGACUUCACGGGCUGCAUCGCGGACCUGCACGUGGACCACGCCUUCGUGGACCUCAACGGCUUCGUGGCGGACAACGGGACGGUGGCGGGCUGCCCGGAGAAGCGCGCGCACUGCGCGUCCAGCCCCUGCAAGAACGGCGGCCGCUGCAAGGAGGGCUGGGGCACCUUCGUGUGCGACUGCGACGAGAAGUGGGGCUCCAAGGACUGCAGCGAGCCCAUCAAGCCCGCCUGGCGGUUCCGCGGCGACGGCGUGCUGUCCUUCAACCCGCUGCUGCGGCCCAUCCAGCUGCCCUGGCUCAACUCGCUGUCGCUGCGCACGCUGCAGAAGGACGCCUUCCUCGUCAGCAUCCAGAUCGGGCAGAACAGCACGGCGCGGCUGUCGCUGGAGGGCGGCGCGCUGGUGUACUCGUACCACGGCGACCGCGUGGCGCUGCACGGCGGCGUGGCGGACGGCGAGUGGCACCGCGUCGACGUGCGCUGGCUGCCCGGCGAGGUGUGGCUGGGCCUGGACCACGGCCAGCGGAGCGUGGUCGGCGCGCUGCCGGCCAAGGUGCAGGGGCUGUACGUCGGCAAGAUCCUCAUCGGCGGCCCGGACGCGGAGACCCCCGCCAGCGAGGCCAGCGCCCUCCCCAGGCUCGACGGCUGCGUGCAGGACGUGCGCAUCGGCACCCCGCAGUCCGCCCUGCAGCGGCCCAACGUCAAGGAGAACGUCGGCGAGGGCUGCGGCACUGGCGACGCGUGCGCGGGGCCGCUGGCCACGGACCACUGCCCCAGCGCGGCCGCGUCGCCGCCGCACAGCCGCUGCGAGGCGCACUGGGAGCGCGCGGCGUGCACCUGCAACGCGGGCUACGUGGGCUCGGCCUGCGCGCCCACCUGCUCCCUCAACCCCUGCGAGCACGGCGGCCGCUGCACGCCCACCGCCAACACCGCGGACCACCCGCGCGCCUACACGUGCGGCUGCAACUCCACCGAGUUCUCCGGCGAGUACUGCGAGGUGAAGGUGGACCAGCCGUGCCCGACCAGCUGGUGGGGCUACCCGGUGUGCGGGCCGUGCAACUGCCCCGUGGACCGCGGAUACAACCCCGACUGCAACAAGACGACGGGCGAGUGCGUGUGCCGCGAGAACCACUACCAGCCCGACGGCUCGGACCGCUGCCUGGACUGCGCGUGCUACGCCGUGGGCUCGUACAGCAGCCAGUGCGACGCGGCCACGGGGCAGUGCCGCUGCCGGGCCGGCGUCAUCGGGCGCACCUGCCACGCCUGCCCCAACCCCUACGCCGAGGUGACGUUGCGGGGCUGCGAGGUGGUGUACGACGGCUGCCCGCGCAGCUUCGCCGCCGGCAUGUGGUGGGAGCGCACCAAGUUCGGCAUGACGGUCAUCGAGUCCUGCCCCGGCCACUCGCACGGCAAGGCCAGCCGUGUGUGCGACGACGCCAUGGGCGGCUGGCAGGAGCCCGACCUCUUCAACUGCACCUCGGACGCCUUCCUCGACCUGCGCAGGGUGCUGGGCCAGAUGGAGCGCGGCGACCUCAGCAUCAACAGCUUCGUGGCGGUCAAGGUGGCCUCGGACCUGGGCCGCGCCGUCAACCGCACCCAGCAGCUGCACGGCUCGGACGUGCUCAUCGCGGAGCAGCUGUCGCGGCGCCUGCUCACGCACGAGCUGGGCAUGACGGGGCUCAACCUGACGCACAGCCAGGACAAGGACUACAUCGCGCACCUCGUGCAGGCCGUGAGCAAGGCCCUGGAGCCGGACAACGCCGCGCACUGGGACCGCAUCUCGGAGCUGACGGGCGAGACCGCGGAGCACGUCAUGGUGGCCGUGGACCAGUACAUCGGCAUGCUGACGCGCAGCCAGCGCGACACGUACACCAACCCGUUCGAGAUCGUGGCGGACAACGUGGUGCUCGGGCUGGACGUGGUGACGGCCGAGUCGCUGUUCGGCUACGAGUCGCACUCGGUGAGCAGGGACGCGCCGCCCACGCCGCGGCCCGACACCGACAAGCCCAAGGCGGGCCAGGUCAUCAUCCCGGACACGUCCGACUUCCUGCAGCCCGCGCUGCUGCCCCUCACUGGAGUCCCCGGCGGCCCCGGCGCCGGCGGCGGCACCCCCGUCGUCGUGUUCCCCAAGUACAACAACUACCUGCAGGACCCGCGCAAGUUCGACCCCUACACGCAGAUCAUGGUGCCGCUGUCGCUGCUGGGCAUCCGCGCGGCGGGGCUGGGGGAGACGUCGACGCGGCAGAGCCCCGCCGCGGUGGGCCAGGCCGUGCUGAGCUACGUGCAGUACCGCACGCUGGGCCCGCUGCUGCCGGGCCACUACGACGACACCGUGUCGCGGCGCUGGGGCGUGGACCUGCGCGUCGGCUCCCCCGUCGUGUCGCUGGCGGCCUACGUCCCCGGCGGCGACAAGGACAAGGAGGCCGAGAAGGACAAGGCGGCCUACAAGCCGCUCGGCGGCCACCUCCACGCCCCGGUGCGCGUCCGGCUGUGGCUCGACCCGCAGCUGCAGGCGCUGGGCGCGCGCGCCAACCCGCAGUGCGUGUACUGGAGGGAAGGCCAGUGGUCGCGCGCCGGCUGCCAGACCGAGGUGCAGCAAGCCACCACCUGGCGCGGCGGCGCGCGCCUGCCCGUGCUCAUCAACUGCACCUGCUCGCACCUGUCCACCUUCGCCGUGCUGGUGGACGUCGUCGACAUGGACUACAUUCCUGAACCGUCUGACGUCGAAGACGCCGCCACUUGGCUGGGAUUCACCUUGGCUUUGCCCCUCCUGCUGACCGCUCUACUGAUUUUGGCAUUCAUACGUGGUCUUGAAACCAACUCGAAUUCCAUCCAUAAAAACCUGGUCUUCUGUGUUUUCCUGGCUGAAGUCGUCUAUUUCCUCGCUUUGAAGGCCCGACGCUCGCUCGUUAUGCAUGAGUUUGCCUGCAAGAUGACGGCCAUGUCACUCCAUUACUUGUGGCUGUCGGCAUUUGCCUGGGCUUUGGUUGAUUCAGUCCAUUUGUACCGCAUGCUUACUGAAAUGAGAGAUAUAAAUCAUGGACCCAUGAGAUUCUACUACACUCUUGGCUAUGGAUUCCCAGCAAUUUUGGUCGGUCUCGCUGUUGGUGUCCGUGCUGAUCAAUAUGGAAACUUCUACUUCUGUUGGCUGUCAUUGUAUGAAUCUGUGGUGUGGAGCCUCAUCGGUCCAGUUUGCUGUGCUGUCGUUAUAAAUCUGAUAGUUCUUCUCAUGGCAAUCAGAGCAGCGUUCACCCUAAAGGACCACAUAAUGGCAUUUGGAAAUUUAAGAACGUUACUGUGGCUUUCCGUGGUAGGACUUCCUCUAUUGGGAGCUACAUGGGUUUUAGCUGUUUUGGCUGUUAGUGAAAGGUUACCCAUUGUGUCAUAUGGCCUAGCAACAGCAGUAUUCUUCCACGCUCUCUUCUGCUUGGUUGGCUAUUGCUUCAUCAAUGAGCGAGUACGUAAGAAUCUCAGAAUAACUGUUUUGAGAUGUAUGGGCAAAAAGGUUCCCCUAGUUGAGGAAACGUGCCAGCCAGUCAACCACAUGACCCAGCCACGAUCAUCCUUAGCUUAUAGAAAUAGCGCUCGAAUGGAGUCUUUAAGACGAAACAUUGGUAUAUCUACUUCGAGCACAACUUCACGUUCAACUGCAAAGACAGGUAGCAGUCCUUAUCGCAGUGAUGGACACCUUAGAAAUACCAACACUUCUACCUCCACAAGCAACUAUAAUUCAGGGUCUGAGCUGCCCUCAUAUCUACGAGGCUAUGACUCUUCAAUCACAGGUGGCCAGCUAAGGCGUCAUGAUGAAGACACUGAAGAUGGACCAAGCAACACAGACAAGCGCACCACCACAGGACAUACAUCAGAUUCAGAUUCGGAAGCAUCUGCUGAUGGAAGAAGUCUGGAACUUGCUUCAAGCCACAGCAGUGAUGAAGAUGAAAGUUCGCAUCACACCAGUUCACGUCGCAAUAGAAGGCAUAGAAGCUUGGGUGUGUCAAACCACUCAACAACUUCUGCUGAGACUGCAAUUACCAAUCCUCAGUCGAUACAAGCAUCAACUUACAUGCCAAAUAUCUACCCAAUUGCAGAAGGAGAUGUAUCUCCCACAGAUAUGGUCCAACCACCUCCUACCCUAAAUAUAGUGAGCAAAGCUUCACUGUUCCCUAACUUGAAGCCCAUGUAUGCCCCACGAUGGUCCAGCCAACUUCCAGACACAUAUGUGACGGCCAACAGUAUGCUCGAUAGCAUGAGUCUACGCAACAAUCAGUGGUCUGGAUUAACAGAUCUUGAUCACUACUACAAAGAUUACCAGGGAAAGACUUCAGCGUCACCAAGCCCUUUACCAAUGCCACAUUUGAACAAAAUGAUGUCUUCUUCAGACAACUUUCAUGAAUUAGGAGAUGUUGGGUCAGAGACAGAGGAAAAAAUUCACAUGGGAGAAAAGUAUUUGUUCCCAUACACAGCUGAAGAAGAUCAUUGUGGUAGAUCUAUGAGUCUUAAUUUGGGCAUGGGCCUGAGUAAUAAUUAUGAAAUGCCAAAUGUUGGCCUCAGUAAUGGAGGAGGUAUGCCAGGAGGUAGCACAGGCGGUGGAUCACCUAGUCCUCUUCACCACCCAGGAACAUUGACAUCGUCAAAUAUUUCAGAGUCUGAGGAUGAGACCAGAUGGCUUACUCAGGAAAGAUACCGAGGAUAUGAGUGAGACACCAGUAUGACAUCAGGACCUAGGAAAAUGUUAGUCUCAUUUUAUUUAAAACAUUGAACUUUGUAAAUACUUUUUAUAAAUGCUCAAGAAAUUUUCUUGUAUAUUUGUAAAAAUGUGAAUUUUUAUCAGGAUUAAGACAAGCAUGUCUUAAGAUUCUCUUGAUACAUGCUGAGUUGUGAUAUUAUUUUCUUUUUAGAUUAGAAUAAGUUAAAUUAUAUUUUGUUUCUUAUGCCAUUGUGUUGCAUGUGGCAUAGCCAGCUUGACCUGCCAGUAAUAUUCUGUUAAAAUGGCAUGUCAAAUGUUGUUACAAUUUGGAGCUUUAUUUAUCUUAUAAUAAUUAUAGAAUCGUCACAUGUUUUAUCAGCUGAUGAAGAUUCUCUAUCAAUGUAAGAAGGCUGAUAUAAUUUUUAUAAUGAUUAUCUUAAGGGAUUAUAUUCUUGAUUGUCUCACACAAGAGGAGAGAAGCAAGAAUGAUAAUCAGUACUUUCCUUUCAAGGUGCAUUUGUACCCUUUUUGAUCAUGUUUCACUCAUUUCCACUCACUAGACUAGUCCUGUUCAAGUUUCAAGCUCAUCUUAAUCAAUGUACUUGCUUUGGUAAAUGCUGUUUUAUCAACACUGUUGUGGCACAUCUAUGAAAUACUGUCAAGGCAUUUAUCUGUUCCUUUGUUUUGUUGUUGCCUUUGUAAACAUUUUUUUAAAG